AUGGCACUUAUAACUCGAUAUGCCCUACUAUUACUGACUGCUGCAUCAUGCGCUCUCCACACGCUGGGACUGCCUACGACUGACGCUGCAUCUGACAACACAUUGACUUGGGACGACGCAUACACUAAAGCCAGAUCAAUUGUGCACCGCAUGUCGCUCGAGCAAAAAGUUGGUUUGGCCACUGGGAUGGGCUGGGAAAAGACCUUGUGUGUUGGCAACACCUAUGCAUCCACCAAUCCCAAUUUUCCUUCGCUUUGUUUACAAGAUAGCCCGCUUGGUAUCCGUUUUGCUGAUAAUGUAACUGCUGGUGUCUCGGGGAUCACGGCCGCUGCUUCGUUCGACAAGGUAGCAAUUCGCCAACGAGGCGAAUAUAUGGCCUCUGAAUUUAAAGCAAAGGGUGUUCAUUUUCAACUUGGUCCGAGCGUUGACAUCAUGCGUGCCCCUCAAUCUGGCCGAGCGUGGGAAGGAUUCGGCGAAGAUCCAUGGUUAUCCGGCGUUGCGGGCAGAGAAACAAUUACGGGAAUACAAAGCCAGGGCGUCAUUGCUACUGUAAAACAUUAUAUAGGAAACAGCCAAGAAACACACCGCACAACGUCUUCAUCUAAUAUUGACAAACGGACCCUGCACGAAGUCUGGACAUGGCCAUAUGCGCGCGCGGUUGAAGCAGGUGUAGGUGCCAUCAUGUGUAGCUACAAUCUGGUGGACGACACUUACGCCUGUGAGAAUGACUAUAUACUGAACACAGUUUUGAAAAAUGAGAUGGGCUUCCGCGGACUUGUGAUGAGCGACUGGGGAGCCACCCACUCUACCGUGGAAUCUGCAAAUGCUGGACUUGAUAUGACCAUGCCGGGCGAUAUUCUAAUGGGAGAUGGUUUUACGUACUUUGGUGCAAAUCUUACAAAGGCAGUUCAAGACGGUCAAGUAUCCGAUGAUCGAGUAACUGACAUGGCAUUGCGCAUUACAGCGGCAUAUUACAAAAUGCGUCAAGACGAAGGUUAUCCAGAUACAACGUUAAACACAUUCAACAGAAGUGAGGCUCCUGAGGUCCUUGUGCAAGGCGAUCAUGCCACGUUUGUUCGAGAAAUCGGUGCCGCAGGUGUUGUACUUUUGCGUAAUCAAGAUAACAUUUUACCACUCAAAACGAGCGACUUGAAGAAGAUUGCUCUCAUUGGUAGCCAUGCAGGACCGAUUCCUCAAGGGCUUAAUGGUUGUCCAGAUCAAAGCUGUGGAAGGGGGCAUCUUGCCAUGGGCUGGGGCUCUGGAACUGCUGACUUUCCGUAUCUCAUUACCCCAACUGAUGGUAUUACUGCUCGUGCGGGAGGCAACCUCAAAUUAGUACAUACCUACGAUGACUACGAUCUUGAUGGCGCUAGGGAGCUGGCAGCCGAUGCUGAUAUUGCCAUUGUAUUUGCAAUGGCUGAUGCUGGUGAAGAAUAUAUCGUUGUUAACGGUAACAAUGAUCGUCAAAAUCUGUCACUCUGGAAUAAUGGUGAUAAUCUGAUUCAAGCAGUCUCCGAAGUGAACGAUAAUGUUAUUGUGGUUAUCAAUGCCGUUGGGCCAGUGCUUAUGCCUUGGAUCGAUCAUGAAAAUAUUAAGGCUGUUGUUUGGCCGGGCCUUGCCGGUCAAGAAUCCGGUAACUCUUUGGCUGACGUCUUAUUUGGUGAUGUAAAUCCGUCAGGUCGCCUACCGUACACCAUUGCUCGUAAUAAGGACGACUAUGGUGCACAUAUUUCAAGCGAUGCCGAGCUCGAUUACUCCGAAAAACUAUUGGUAGGAUAUAAAUGGUUCGAUGCCAAAGGAAUUGAUCCUUUGUUCGAAUUUGGCUAUGGCCUAUCGUACACCAACUUUGAGUACAGUGGCCUGAGCGCCAGGGUUACCAGAAAGCAGGGUGCCGGUGCCCAGGUUAUUGCAAGUAUUACUCUCAGUAAUACUGGUGAUCGCGAUGGUGCAGAAAUUCCACAAGCAUAUAUUGCUUUCCCUAAAUCAGCUGGUGAACCCCCAAAGCUACUUCGAGGAUUUCAGAAGGUCUUUCUCCAGGCAGGAGAGCAGAAAGCGAUUGACUUUGAAUUUACCGAAAAAGAAUUGAGUGUAUGGGAUGAAGAAUCGGAAAUGUGGAAACACAGUGAAGGCGAAUUUACAGUCCAUAUUGGUGCAAGCAGCCGUGAUAUUCGGGCAUCUGCUUCGUUUAUAAUCUAA